AUGUGAAGAGAUAUAGAUGUAUGAAGAAGAAAGAAUACUCUGGUUUUGUGCAUGGUGGAGCUCUCCUUGUUCUUCUUCUUGUUGGUAUUUGUAAAUGGCUAAUAGUGGCGCAAUGCGCACCGCUUCUUCAUCUUCGGCCUCAUUCUCUACUUGCACGCAUCUCCAUGUACUCCAGCCUGCACAGAAGCUCUGAAGCUUAAAGGAGUAGUAGAAAACAAUUACAAACACACAACUAGAGAGGGCAAGCACCAAACGGAUGGAUCCUUGCCCUUUUGUACGACUCACUGUGGGCAAUCUCGCCCUGAAGAUUCCGGUGGCGUCGAAGCCAGCUAGCUCUGUCGUCCACCCUUCUUCGUCGCCGUGCUUCUGCAAGAUCAAACUCAAGAAUUUCCCUCUCCAAACAGCCGUUGUCCCCUACAUCUCACCGGAGACUUUGCAGUUCCCCGAGGUGCAAACCCUAGCGGCUACUUUCCACCUUAGCAAAGCCGACCUCGACAAGCUUGCUGCCAAGUCCAUCUUCGCUGCCAAGACAUGCCUCAAAAUCUCCAUCUACACCGGUCGUAGGGGCACAACCUGCGGUGUCAGCUCCGGUAGGCUUCUAGGGAAGGUAUCCGUGCCUUUGGAUCUGGCGAGAACGGGAUCUAGGGCAAGCGUUUUCCACAAUGGUUGGAUUUCUGUAGGGAAGGAGGCCAACAAGGGAUCCUCCGCUCAGUUCCACUUGAAUGUCAAAGCCGAACCUGACCCUAGAUUCGUUUUCCAGUUUGAUGGCGAGCCUGAAUGCAGUCCGCAGGUUUUUCAGAUCCAAGGCAACAUCAGGCAGCCCGUUUUCACAUGCAAAUUCAGUUUCAGGACAGGUGACCGGAGUCAGAGAUCGAGAUCGUUACAGUCAGAGCCAAGUAGCUCAAGGAGUUGGCUGAGCUCAUUUGGUAGUGAAAGAGAGCGACCCGGAAAGGAGCGAAAAGGAUGGUCUAUAACAGUCCACGACUUGUCGGGCUCGCCUGUAGCCGCGGCUUCUAUGGUCACACCGUUCGUCGCGUCGCCCGGCUCUGACCGGGUAAGCCGCUCCAACCCCGGGUCCUGGCUAAUACUCCGCCCAGGCGACGGCACUUGGAAGCCAUGGGGCCGUCUCGAAGCCUGGCGCGAGCGCGGGGCCUCUGACGGACUAGGAUACCGUUUCGAACUGAUCCCGGAUACUAACGGAGGCAUGAGCAGAGCAGGCAUUGUUUUAGCGGAGUCAACCCUGAGCUCGCACAAAGGCGGAAAGUUCGUCAUCGAUCUCGGCGCCGGCUCAACGGGCCGUGCCACGCCGGGGAGCUCUACGUCACCUGUAACCAGCCCGAGGAGCAGCGGGGACUUCGGGUACGGUCUCUGGCCAUACUGCAUGUACAAAGGGUUCGUAAUGUCAGCGAGCGUGGAAGGAGAAGGAAAAUGCAGCAAGCCGAGCGUGGAGGUUAGUGUGCAGCACGUGAACUGCACGGAGGAUGCAGCUGCAUACGUGGCACUCGCGGCCGCCGUUGAUCUUAGCAUGGAUGCCUGCAGACUUUUCUCUCAACGGCUGAGGAAGGAGCUCUGCAAUCACCAGGACUUGCUUGGUUAAUCCUCAAAUUUCCUUUUUUUUUUUUUUUUUUUUUUUUUUGUGCCUUUUUGAAUUUUGGGGUUUUUUUUUUUUUGGGAGUGAGACGGGGUGUUUGGCCAGUGGAUUUUGCUAUUCCAUACUGGCUUACUACUACUACCACUAACAAACAGACAACAAUCUACAGACUGUACAGUGCGGAGGGGAGUGAGUAACAGGCACGCUUUGUUUUUACUUGUGUGGCUUGUGUUAUUAUUAUUAUUAUUUUUAAUUUUUUUGAGAAGAAAAUGGAGAGUGGUCCUUUUU